AUGCAACAGGCAUCAUGUAUUGGAGAAGCUAUCGUCGCUACCCAUUGCAAGCCCACGGAUAGCUAUUGUAUCUGCGACUCGGAUGUCUUCCUGUCGUCCGUUCAGGAGUGCUCGACGACUACGUGCUCUGUGGAGACACAAGAGAGUCAGUAUCAACCUCGCUAUUCUGUUGACAGCUCACUGAUAUCAAUGUGUCUAGACGCCUCUCUGGCCGCAAUGGAGUUUUGCGGCAAAGUCGAUCUUGUGAAGCGAAACGCUUUCACAGACGGCCGUCAACGUUGGGUUGAGGGAGGUCAAGAGCAUUGGCGCGAGGGAGGACAAGAGCACUGGCGCCAGGGAGGGCACGAGCACUGGCGUCAGGGAAGCUAUGAGCACUGGCGCGACGGAGGGCAUGAACAUUCGUCUUUGUGGCAUUACAAAACGGCUGAGCACGGCCACUCGACCGUCACCACGGAGUCUAAGACGCACACCCAGACGCGCACGAAGCCCUGGACUACGAUAACUAAGACGCGCGCCCACACACAGACCUACACGCGUGAAACGACAAAGACCAAGACGCAUGAGUCGACGAGCAAAGGUCGACCCACGCAUCCGGUCACUGUCUCUCCAAGGCCUACCCAUUGGCCUUGA